AUGCCGGGCGUCGUCAUGGACAAUCACAAAAUCGGUGGAGAGAGACGAGCAUCCAAUAUCCAUGAUCAGAUGAAUGGUGUCUUAUCUGGGCCAGGGAAUACUGAUCAGACAGCUAACUCUGUGGAUUUACAAAAUGGAUCGCUUCACGUCAAUGGUGUCGGGAAAUUUUCCGAUUCUCGCCAAAAUAACAAGCCCGCUUCAAUGAAAAUGGUACCAGCCACAUCCAGAGAACCUCCUCAGUUACUACACAUUACGCAAGGGUUCUUUCCCUUUUCGAAGUUGGUUAAUAGAUCUGUACAACAAUGCUGGAACGAUUUAUCGGAUUUAAUUGCCGAGCUGGCCGAGAUCCAAGUGUCAUCGCAAGACUCGGGCACGCCUUCAUUAUCCGCGAAUGGGAAGUUACCUGGAAACCAAUCCCCAGAGAAUCUGCGCAAAAAAAUCCGCGCCAUGGAGUUUGCUCAGGCGAAACGCGCAGAGUUCAUUAAACUCCUCGUUCUCUCCCAAUGGAGUCGACAAGCGGCCGACGUCAGUAAAUUAAUCGACAUCCAAAACUACAUUCGUACACAACAUCAAGCCUACUCGAGUGCUUUGCAGUGGAUGGGGGAUAUGAAAAGAGACCUGGUUCAAGCACAGGUGGCCAAUCCAGAUCUCAAAACGGCGUUGGAGGUUUUAUCUAAAGGCGAGGUCGUUUCCAUGCCCGACCUUGGAUACAAACCUCCGAAGUCUUUGACGCCCAAGUCCACAUUGAAGAAGUUGCAAAAGAUCAACAGAAUCAUCAGUGCAAGGCUAGCAUUACAUGAGACUAUUCCCAUCCCAUUUCAAACAUAUCGGGUUCACGACGGUCGAGUCACAUUCGUCGUGCCGGACGAGUUUGAACUAGACCUAUCCGUUGGUGAAGAGAGUGACACAUCUCAGUUCUUCUUCGUCGAUAUCCGCUUCCUUUUUAACCCCUCAUCUUCGAUUCCGAAGGGCCGAGUCUUUAGUGAACUGGAUUUGAAAGUCAAUGAGAUCCUCCGAACUGGCGGCCUAACGGGCUGUUUCGACUGGCUACAUAGUUUGGUACUGACCAAUAAAAUAAAUAUACUCACUAAACAGGCUGGAGAAUUAGCCAAAGGGUUGUGGUCAAAUGUCCUGCGCAUCGAAUUGUUACAUCGAACGCUGGUUUUGCAGUACUGGGCCUCGACGAAGCAUGGAACUAAAUCCUGGCUUGAAAUUGGCAUCCAGCGCGGCGGUCAGGCAAAGAAGCCAUGGGAUCAGCCCUUCCCGACUUUGGGCUUACGCUGGAUGAGAGAUGGGCAGGAGGUUGACCCGGCAGAUGUUGAAUUUGAUACAGAAAAUCUAUCUGUGGAAUCCCUCCUACGGAGUGUCAUUGCCCUGCAUAUUUCACAUAUACUCUCUUCGGCAUAUAUGGGGAUCAGUGCAAAACUCCUUUUUUCAAGUGGGGUACUAUCUCUACGAGCGCAUUUGACAAAGACAGAACCAGGAGACUGCCAACUCGAUGUGCAGCUGACAGCGUCGAGAAAACUUCGCGUUGCCAUUGAGCCAAUGUCAGGAGCGAUAAUUUUAUCAGCCACGCCCAGUGCUUUAGACCGAACAGAUAUGGACCGCAACGUUGAUCGCCCAACGGUCGAUGACAUAAUCGCUCGUGUCUCACGCCUUCGUUGUGGUGCUGCGAUAGAAGAAGUCGAGUCGAAGGUGAAGAUGUUUGGUUUUGAACCUGUUAGCCCCCGGAAGUUACGGUUCGAUGCCAGGAGGGUAUUUCCAACGGGGGUGCUGCGUUUUAGUUUCUUCUGGAAUCAUCUUUGGGAGCGCAAUUGGAUGCUAGCGGCGACGAGCAGCAUGGAUGGUGACAGCUGGUGGGUGGUUCAAACUCGACCUGCGGAAUCUGCCAACAGUUAUCCGAUUCUCGAUGCAAAUCUACACCCAGAUCAAGCUUUUUGCUCCGCCCAAAUUAUUUGCAAUACACUGUUUCCUCUUCAAGAAACGGGGUAUUCGUCACUCGCGGAUCUCGGACACUGUUUGUCAGGAGUUUUAGUCAUGCAUGCCAAUGCUCGCUUCCUGGAGGAUUUGCAGUUCCUCAAGUUCUUCCCGCCUUUGCAUAAACUAAAAAUUGACUCUACCCUUCAAGUCCCGGAUAUCAUGAUUCGGUAUGAAGCGUCAAUACUCCCCCAGGCGCUUCAGAUAGCCUUGCCUGCUGGCUUUAAGAAGAAGACGCUCAUCAAGGACACAAUCCGCUUAGCUUUCGGGGGGAUAGAUCGGCAAAAGAAGGUUGCCAUUAUGGUGGCUUAUGGCAAUUUGUGCAUACCUUCCCGGGCCUUCAGCGCCCUGAUCCCAAAGGAAGACCGCUCUUUGGUCUUUCAAAAAACGGGUACUGGGUUUGCGCUCCGCCUGCUUGCGCCAGUUGGCUAUCCUGUCCUGAUCGCCCUCCUUGAAAACCUACAGAGACUUGAGUGUGUGCUGUCGAUUUGCGAGACACUCCAGCGGAAGAAGAUAGAGCCCCUUUCUCUAUCUUUGUCGCAUAUAUGUUUUGCUUAUGGCCCCAACAAAGAUCUAUCGGCCCGUCUUGACAUCGGAGUCUCCCAGCCUAUGUCUCAUAUGGAAAUGGACCCAGUCAAGCUUGCCUCCAGGGUGGAUCGUCUAUUGCACUUACACCUGGGUAUUCGCUUCGAAAACUGUAACCCCCAUCGCCGAAUCCAAGAAACCCUAGCAUCUAACUUGAACCGUCCUUCAGCCGACGUCGGUCUGGACAACAUUGCCGAAUUACUCUCCUUUACGCUGCCAUUGAUGCGAGCCUUGGAUCGCCGUAUGGCAAAUCCAUCGUAUAAUGAGGGUUUGAAGAUGCAGGUCAUCGUGCGCAGCGCAAAGUCUUUCCACAUCCACUACCCCAACGACAAAUUACGCUUUCAAUUAGUGGCUAGCCAGCAUUUGAGUCGAUCUGUUUGGGUGCUCAAAGAUAUCGGCAGUACUCAAAAUGGAACCGGCGAAGAUGAAAUCAGACGCCAGCUGCAGGAAAGUCUGUAUAAAUCUAGGGGUGAGGGCUGGAGAGGCCUCGGCAAUGGAGUUGUUGCCGAGCCUGAGUUUGUUGGACACCUUCUGGACGAACUUGACAAACACCUCACUAGUAUUGGAACUAGUUUACCCUCGAAUCCCCUAGGUAUUCAAGUCAAUUCGGGCCUUCCUGAAACCGUCACCCAGCUAUUGGUUAAGGGACAGGGCAGACCACCAGACCGAGCCGAUAACAACAAAGGCAUGCAGCAACAGCCAGGUGCCGCAGCAACACAGAAUGCGGACAUCAUUACGAUUGACUAG